AGAAGGGCUGGGAAGCCCCGUCACCAAAACCAGGACCCUUGGGUUCCCUGAGGCCAGAACAAGCCUCCGUGGGGUGUACUCUGUCCAAGCCAGCCUACCAUUCUCUUCCCCUUGGGUUGCUUCUGAGAGACGCUCUGUGGUGGGCCUCGUCAGUGGUUGCAUCGGUGGGCCCUCCAGGGGGCUGGGACUUCGUCCUCUGGCUCCUCACGCCCCCUCUUCCCCAGCCAGGGCCACAGGGCAUCAGGAGAGACUUGACCAAAGGUGGGGUGGGUGCCUCCUCCAGACCAGAGGGUGAGAGGAGUAUGGGCGAGAGCUUCACCCUCACUGUGGACAGAGGCCUGAUUGGUCUGUCUGGGAACUCCAGGGACACUUGGGAGAUGUCAGGGUGGCCCCUCUUCACAGACACUAAACCCUAAGUUGAGCCCAGUGGCUCCUCUCCCGUGGAGGUAUCCAAACACCCAGCCACAGGUGGGGGUGGGCGGGCAGUGCUGUGUCUGCCAGGCCUCCACUCGGUGAGUGGGGGUGGGUGAGCACACCCCUAUUCUCCAGCCUGAGCUGAGGCAGAAGUUCGAGAUGGAUAUUCUGUCCCUUGGAGGACAGGUCCCCAGGGUUGGCACUGGGGAGGCUGUGAGGGCAGGAAGAGGAUGGGGUGGUCAGGAGCCCAGGGGUGCUCUUCAUCUUCCCGCCCCGUGCAGACCUUGCGUCCCCACCUCUGAGGGGCAUGGGUAAGGAGGUCUUCAGCUUGGGGCCCACCUGGCCAGUGGCAGACCAAAGAGCUGCCCCAACCCCUUCCCCUGUCCUGAUGCACAGGGCCGAGCCACCCCCACUGUCGAGGCCUCUCUAGGACAGGGCUCCUCAGGGCGAAUGAGGGCAUCUGUCGGCAGGCCCGCCCUCCCUGGGGUUUGGCUCCUGCCCAUGGGGCCAACGGUGGAAAUCACAGUCUGAGAGGCCGCAGCCCAACUCCACGCAAUUCUAUUUUAGACCCCCGGCCCCCCUUCCUCUCUAGGCUCCUCAUCCUCCCCUCCCAGCCUGCCCCACUGAUGGCCCUAACUGAGGCUGGGGCUCAGAGGGAGAGUAGGGGCUGGGGGACCUGGGGCGACCCCGUGGGGAGGAGCUGGGGACCUUCUCUGGAGGCUGGCAGUCUCGGAUUAAGGCGAGCCCUCCUCCAUCACUCCGGGGGCCUGCCCAGGGAGCCACAGCUCCAACCACAACCUCCUUUGGGGUUUGGCUGACAGAGCUGAGGCGGAUGAGCCCCAAGCAGCCCUGGCAGACUCCCCCGUGACCCGCCCGCACCCCUGCCUCUGGGGCACAGCCCAGAGAGUAUAAAACGGCGCUGGAGGCCGGGAGAAGCAGACUGGCCGGGUCCACGCAGCCGCUGACAGACACCAUGAGAGCCCCCGUGCUCCUCGCCCUGCUGGGCCUGGCCACGCUCUGCCUUGCUGGCCAGGCAGAUGCAAAGCCUGGUGAUGCAGAGUCAGGCAAAGGCGCAGCCUUCGUGUCCAAGCAGGAGGGCAGCGAGGUGGUGAAGAGACUCAGGCGCUACCUGGAUCCUGGGCUGGGAGCCCCAGCCCCCUACCCAGAUCCGCUGGAGCCCAAGAGGGAGGUGUGUGAGCUCAACCCUGACUGUGAUGAGCUAGCUGACCACAUCGGCUUCCAGGAGGCCUAUCGGCGCUUCUACGGCCCAGUCUAGAGCUCGCAGCCCUGCUGACCUGGCUGGCAGCCCCCAGCUCUGGCUUCUCUCCAGGACCCCUCCCCUCCCCAUCAUCCCCGCUGCUCUAGAAUAAACUCCAGAAGAGAAA